UAACCUCGAAAGCUCCAUUUUAGCUUAAUAAAGUAAAAGGUCAAGGCCAAGGGGUUCCACAGUGAUGUCGGCCUUUAACACGUGUAGAUAAUGUCAAGUAGUUCUCCCUUGCUUGAGGAAAAAAAAAAUACCCCACUUGCUGUGUCUCCUUCUCCUCUGCUCUAGUUUAGAUCUAAAACUCAAUCCAUGAAUUCAGUCUCAGGCUCUAAAUAGUCAAAGGCUUCUGGGUCUGCUUAGUUUGUUGUUUUAGGAACAAGAAGAGGGAGUUUGUGAGAGGGAAAAGAAAGAUGGGGCUGGUUGGUGUCCAAGAAAAUGGGCAUGGAGAGAUGGGGCUGUCUAGUAUUUCGUUGGGGACUAAGAAUAAAUACAAGAGAAUGAAUUCUGAGCUCUCAGAUGAUCAUGAUAACCCUUCUCAUAAUCAUUAUCAAGAACAAAGAGGAAGUAACAUCAGGAAAUAUGUCUUUGCCUGUGCUGUUUUUGCUUCUCUUAACAACGUUCUCCUUGGCUAUGAUGUUGGUGUGAUGAGUGGAGCAAUCUUAUUCAUUCAGGAAGAUUUAAAGAUUACAGAAGUACAACAAGAAGUCCUUGUUGGAAUUUUGAGCAUUAUAUCACUUUUUGGUAGUUUAGCUGGAGGUAAAACAUCUGAUGUUCUUGGUAGAAAGUGGACAAUGGGAUUAGCUGCUAUUAUCUUUCAACUUGGUGCAGCAGUAAUGACCCUUGCUCCUUCAUUCCAAGUACUGAUGAUUGGUAGACUCAUGGCUGGGGUCGGAAUUGGUUUGGGAGUCAUGAUUGCUCCUGUCUAUAUUGCUGAGAUAUCACCAACUGUCUCCAGAGGCUCACUCACCUCAUUCCCAGAGAUUUUUAUAAAUCUGGGAAUUUUACUUGGCUACGUCUCAAACUAUGCAUUUUCAGGUCUCCCAGCACAUAUAAACUGGAGGAUAAUGCUUGCUGUGGGAAUUCUGCCUUCAGUUUUUAUUGGUUUUGCACUUUUUGUAAUCCCUGAGUCUCCAAGGUGGUUAGUCAUGAGGAACCGUGUUGAUGAAGCAAGAUCCGUGCUGUUGAAAACAAAUGAGAUUGAAAGUGAGGUGGAGGAAAGACUUGCUGAAAUUCUAUUAGCAGCUGGAAGUGGCAAUGCUGACAAGUCAGAAGAGAAAGCCGUCUGGUGUGAACUUUUAAGGCCUUCUCCUGCAAUUCGUCGGAUGCUGAUCACAGGUUUUGGAAUUCAAUGUUUCCAACAGAUAACAGGAAUAGAUGCCACUGUGUAUUACAGCCCUGAAAUUUUCAAAGGAGCUGGAAUUGAGGGCAACUCAAAACUACUGGCUGCAACUGUGGCUGUGGGAGUGACAAAGACUAUUUUCAUAUUGGUUGCUAUUAUUUUCAUCGAUAAAGUAGGUAGAAAACCACUGCUCUAUAUUAGCACUAUAGGAAUGACCAUUUGUUUAUUCAGUUUAGGCUUCACACUUACUUUUCUGGGGAAGGGAGAGAUUGGUAUUGCGUUGGCUAUCUUAUCAGUUUGUGGGAAUGUAGCUUUCUUCUCUGUGGGAAUUGGCCCUGUCUGCUGGGUUUUAACAUCUGAAAUCUUUCCUCUAAAGCUACGAGCUCAAGCCUCUGCACUUGGAGCAGUUGGAAAUAGAGUGAGCAGUGGCAUUGUUGCCAUGUCCUUCCUUUCUGUUUCCAGGGCAAUUUCAAUUGGGGGGACAUUCUUUAUCUUCUCUGCGAUUUCUGCUCUUUCUGUUGUGUUUGUCCACACCCUUGUCCCAGAAACCAAAGGAAAAUCAUUAGAGCAGAUUGAGCUGCUAUUUCAGGACAACCGCGAAUGGCAAGGAAGUGAAGUGGAGUUAGGAGAUGUUGAGCAUCUUGUUCAGAAACAAUGACUGGUUUGGAAUUCUAAGAAUUUCAUUUGUACGAGCCUUUAUAUUUUUAAUAUAGCUGGCUUAAAAGGAUGAUGUGGGAUUGUCCAUAUUUUCUGGUUUUUGAGAUCGUUGGUGCAAUUAUUACAAGAAAAGAUACAAAUAUGAGAUAUUUUGGUGAAUUUGAGCAUGUACAGUAGAUAGAUCCCCAUACAGGAAAACCUGCUAUAAUAGAACAAAACCUCUGCAACUAUAUCAAUCAGUUUUCAGUACCAAGUGGGAGUCCUUUUGUGCUGAUGUAUGAUUCCAGUCCUGUUCUAUUUAAGAGUGUAUCUGCUUAGCUAUAAAUAUGUAUCGAGUUCAAUUUAACUAUUCUUUAGUACUACAAGACUAGUAUCGGAAUGUGGUGGAAUGAAGCUCAAUAAUAUAUCUCUGUC